AUGGCGAAAUUCUGCUUAUUGGAGGGUCUACCCUUCGACGUUGGCCAGCUCGUGUUUUCUCUAUUGGAUGUUCCAUCGGUGUGUCGACUUUGCAUUGCGUUUCAAUCCCGAGCUUACGUUGGUGAAAUAAGAUAUUGGCUUGCCACCACUAAGGUGGAAGUCACUCCCGAAAUCGUUGUCAAGGGCGACAUUACCAAAAUCGACUUCAACACUUUGGCGAGGCUUCCUGCACUAGAUAUUGUGGUCAAUACCACGGAUGUUUAUUUGGACUUGACACUUUGGUACCUUCGGAGAAUUGAAUUCAAUCUGAUAUCGUUGACGGUGGACAAUAAACACCACUAUCUCACGAAUUUACGUUCGGCCGACUUGAGAUUCAUGGGUUCUAAGCUUACUGACCUAAGUCUUAUUGGGACCUUGAUAAACUCUGAUAAGAUACCGAAGACACUUAAAACACUUCGACUCGAACAUUUUCGGUACAUCCCCGGGUUCGAUCUUAGUCACUUCACCAAUCUCACCCACUUCGAGGAUCGUCACUGUGAGUACAUUGAUUUUUACAACCCCCAAUUACCAGAGCUGAUUGUCUCCGUCAAUCAUGAUUCUAACCUGAGCCGUCCCAUUGAUGGGUCGAAACUUCCCAAUCUCAGACAUGUGCGCGGCCGUGUUCGAAACUUGCUAUGGGCUCAACUUGAAUCAGCCCACGAUAUCAUCCCCUCAUUAGAUCGAGCUGCUAUCAAUUUGCACACCGUACACUUGGAAAAAAGAUCCUCCUCGUUCAAAGGUCUUAAGUACCCCAACCUCAGAAUCGUCAAAAUGACAACCCCAGCGCCAGGUUCCACUUUACCUGACAUCACGGAGUAUUUCACCAAAGACCAACUCGCUCAACUUGAGUCAGUUACUGGGUGCCUGUGGGAAGUGGCGCGGAUGAGUCUACUAGAAAACGUGACGGUUUUACAUUGCCACGUCCACAAGGAAGUCACCCAGGAUUUCCCAUUGCCACCACACUUGGUGGACUGGAAGAUUUGGACCUCUGAAAGUGUGAAAGGAAUCCCGAUGCAAAUCAAACACUUCACUUGUAUUUGCUCCCGUAGAGAAAGUUUGCUGGUGAGCAUUGAUUCAUCCACUCUUCGAUCGCUUAAUGUCGAGAACUGCAGAAAUCUUUCUUUGGAUUGUGCCAAGCUUACUAAGCUUACAAUGAAAAGCGUGAUUUCAUUAACCUGUUGGGCUCCAAGCGUAACAAAUUUAAUUGUCAUACUGGUUGGGUUCGAUCCCACGUGGUUGGUUAAAUCGUUUUCUCGACUUGCGCAUAUUGAACUAGAUCGGUCUGAUUGUUGUAAUUUGGUGAUCCUGCGGCGCUUGAAGAGCGUUACGGUGAUGAAUCUGGCACUACCGCAAUUGUCCGUUUCAGCUGAUGAUGUUUCGAUCUUUUGUAGUGCACUUCCACUGCUGACCAAAAUAGAGGCUGACUCGUUGUGUUUCGGAUACGUACGGCUGAUCCCAUGUGACGUUGAACUAACCGCUACCACUUUCAAGUGCCAAGGAUCCUUGCGCGGGGUUCGAAAGAUUGUUUGUCGCGAGUUGGAAUGUGACGAAAUUGACCAUAUCCCUCUCAUGGUGGAAAAGUUGACUUGCAGUUAUGUUAUGCCCCGGAAUAUAUAUUAUUCGAGGGAAGAUCCGGCGCUGAAGCUUCUUCAAUGUCACAAGCUCCGGUACUUAAACCUCACCUCCGGGGCGGUAUAUCAAUUUAUAAGUGCCGAUAAUUGUUUGGUCUUGCCACCAUCAGUAAGGCAACUUCGGAUUGAUUAUUUCCCGGAGCUGGUUUUGACAAUCAAAACCGUGAAUCCACUCGAGUACUUCGAGUGUUCGGCUCGUAGGAAUAAGAGCCGGUUUCAUUUCAAUCAGACCCCCGUAUCAAUACGAAUUGGUAGAAACUACUCCAAUUUCCAACCUGAUUUGAUGUACUAA